AUGUACUCCCUUUUACUUACCGCAGCCUUCGUCUUCGCCGCGUAUCUGGUCUCGCUUGCCAUCUACAGGCUCUAUUGCAGCCCGAUUGCCCACUUCCCAGGGCCCAAGCUUGCAGCGCUCAGUCGGUGGUACGAGUUCUACCAUAAAGUCGUCCUGCGUGCUCAAUUCACCUUUCAUAUCGCCGAUCUGCACGGAAAAUACGGACCGAUUGUGAGAAUCAAUCUGGACGAGCUGCAUGUCUCGGAUUCCGAGUUCUGGGACACCCUCUACGGGCCAGGCAGAGUCGACAAGGCGCCUCUCCUUCCGCUGUUCUCCAAGAAGCGCAUCGCGGAUUUCCAGCCCGUCAUCCGCGAGAAGCUCGACAUCCUGUGCACCAAAAUCGACGCCUAUGUCGCCAGUGGCCGUCCUUUGGCCAUCAAGGGUGCUCUCACGGCUUUCUCGGGAGAUGUCAUCACCACCUAUGUCUUUGUCAAUCCUAUCGACAUCUGGAAUCCCCGGAUUUCAGGCAGACAUUCCACGAGCCGUUCAUGGCCGCCUCCGAGCCGCAGAUAUUCCUUGUCUCAGAGCUCGGGAAGGUCAGCAUACCCACGUCGCAACAAUCAGCGUGAUUACUCAGAGUCGGCAGCUAACCAGGGUUCUUCGACCGAGCAGGACUUCGACGUCAAACUCAAAGCUAUACUCAGGCACGGCGAAAGAGAACCCAGACCACCCCACGAUCCUAUACGAACUCGUCCGCGGCGACCUACCUCCCUAGGAGAAGCAGAUCGACCGUCUGAACGAAGAAGCCCAGCUCCUAGUCGCCGCGGGCCUGACGACCUCGUCGUGGGCCAUGUCCGUGGCAACGUUCCACAUCGUCCGGUCGCGGCACAUCUACGAGGAGCUCCGAGCAGAACUGACGGCCGCUCUGACCCACAAGUCUGGCGCCAGCACAUUCCCCUAGGCGGAUGUGGAGAGGCUGCCGUACCUCAACGCCUGCGCGAGCGAAGGUCUGCGGCUCUCCUAUGGCGUGACCUCGCGCAGCCCUCGCGCACGACUUCUUCCUCCAAAGCGCCCGGCUGGACUCGAAGGGCGUGA